AUAUACUAAAAUUUACGCUGGGGUGGAAAUGCGUCAACAUUAAUACGAAAAUGCCGGUCUCGAUGCCAACGCACAGUCUCAACCCGUAUUUGGAGCCGAUUUGUUGUGUCCGCCUCAGUCGCGCAUAGUGUUUGCUUUUCUUGAGGGGCAAUGCCAAACAUCGCGCAUUAGAGGCAAACUAUAUCCAUACACAUAAUGACUGAACGAUAUGCAAAUGGAGUGACCACCAGCCUGGCGGACUCCUUCGAUGGAGCAGACAAGGAGACCCCCGAAUUGGAUGGAAAAAUCGUUUUGAAACGCAAGCUAACUCUGCUCAAUGGAGUGGCAAUUAUUGUUGGCACCAUUAUAGGAUCUGGCAUAUUCAUCGCACCCACUGGAGUCUUUCUCUAUACAGAAUCCGUUGGAACUUCCCUUUUGAUUUGGUCAGCCUGUGGAAUUUUAUCGACCAUUGGAGCCCUCUGUUAUGCAGAGCUGGGCACAAGCAUUACGAGAUCUGGUGGAGAUUAUGCCUAUUUGCUGGUAUCCUUUGGUCCUUUGGUUGGAUUCCUACGUCUGUGGAUAGCUUUGCUGAUCAUCCGGCCAACGACGCAGACCAUUGUAGCUCUUACCUUUGCCCAUUAUGCCGCUAAACCUUUCUUUGAGGAUUGUGAUCCGCCACAAAAUUCGGUCAAGCUAUUGGCAGCUGUGUGUCUGACUUUGCUCACUGCCAUUAACUGUUUGUCUGUCAAGGUCUCAAUGAAAGUCCAGGAUGUCUUUACAGUGGGCAAGCUGCUGGCUCUCAUCAUGAUAAUACUUGCUGGCCUCUACUACAUGGCCAUGGGAAAACUGGAGAACUUUAGUAAUCCUUGGGAGGGCACUUACAGUGCUCGGAAUAUUGGCUAUGCCUUCUACUCUGGUUUAUUUGCCUUUGGCGGUUGGAAUUACUUGAACUUUGUAACAGAGGAGCUGCAGGAUCCAUACAAAAAUCUUCCACGGGCCAUUUGGAUAGCCAUGCCCCUGGUCACGGCCAUCUAUGUGCUCGUGAAUUUGGCCUAUUUCGUUGUGGUUAACAAACCGGAAAUGCUCAGCUCCUUGGCCGUGGCGGUGACUUUUGGCAACAAGGUCUUUGGACCAAUGGCUUUUAUGGUGCCCAUUUUUGUGGCCCUCAGCACCUUUGGCGGUGUCAAUGGCGUGCUCUUCACAUCGGCACGACUAUUUGCAACUGGCGCCCAGGAGGGACACUUACCAAAGUUUUUCCAGCUGUUCCAUGUAAAGCAACAGACACCAAUACCAUCGUUAAUUUUCACAUGCCUGAUGUCGCUGCUUAUGCUGCUGACGGAUAAUGUCUAUCAGUUGAUCAACUACUUCAGCUCGGUGCUCUGGCUGUCUGUAGUCGCCAGCAUAGCGGGCAUGUUGUGGUUGCGGCACAAGAAGCCGGAUUUGCCACGACCUAUUAAAGUACAUCUGGCCUUGCCCCUCACCUUUAUGGUCUGCUGUGUGACAUUGGUGCUGCUGCCCAAUUUGAAGGAGCCCGGGAAUCUGCUCAUUGGCAUUGCCAUCACUUUGGCCGGCAUUCCGUUUUACUAUGUGUUUAUUGCCUGGAAACAGAAGCCCAAGUGCUAUGGCCGCUUGUCCAGUGCUGUUGUAGAGCUAUGUCGCGGCAUGUUCAACACAACCAUUAUAGAAUCAAAUGAGGCCAUAAACUAGGACCAAUUUACCCACAAACGAAAGAAGAACUCAUGCAUCGGCUAACACCUAAUGCAUUAAGUUUAUGAAAGAAAAGAACACUCGUAAAUGAUAUUCAGAGUAGCUAAGCAAAGUGUUUGCCUUUUAGCCUUGCAUUCUAUUUGUGAUUAGUGAACCCAACCCCCCCCGCCACCAUGUGUAUGAUAUUUGUGCUUAGAAAUUGGCAUUCCAUUCCUCACAACGAAAUCGGUAUCGUUUAUACAUUUAGUUUUAUACAAACAUAGAUACAUACAUUUAGUUUCCCCGUAGUGCGUUUAUUUAUUUGAGCAAACUCAACAGCUAACACAUUUAUUUUACUAUACCUGCUAUACGAUAUACGAGUGUAACCCCCGAAGGCCUUGCCCAAUAGAAUAGAAUGCAUUUUAUAAUUUCUUCCUGAUGCCACAUUCCUUUUUUGAAUAUACAUCAGGAAGUGCAGUGCUGCUUUUGAUAUGGGAACAAACUACAUACAUAGAUAUUGUGACAUGUUUAGGGAACAAACAACAGCCACUUGCUGGCCAUAAAUUUGUAAACGUUUUUUCUUGCUGAUAAAUGUUGCUGUUUUUAAA